GCGCCCCAUGCCGCCCCCGCCCGGCCCUCGGCCCCCCAUGUCCCCCACGUAGCCGGGCGCACAAAUCCCGAGGUGCUGGCGCGUGGGCCGGGGGCGCGUAGGGCGCCUGCAGACGGCCCCUGCAAGGGUUCUUGCGGGGCUGAGCGCUCUGGAGCCGGGGGGCAGGCACGGCAGAAAAGAGGGUCCUUGUGCGAGCUGGGGGUGACCGGCCACCCACCAGGGUGACUGGGGCUCCACAGCGUGGUACCACCCUCGGGGGUAGGAGACUUUGGGGGAGUUGGUGCCCCGCCCCCAGGCCUUGGUAGGGUCAUGGGGGCCCCCCAUUUCGGGCCAGGGGGUGUGCAAGUCGGGGCCCUGCUGCUGCUAGGUUUUGCGGGGCUGGUGUCUGGACUCAGCCUGGAGCCCGUCUACUGGAACUCGGCGAAUAAGAGGUUCCAGGCAGAGGGUGGCUACGUGCUCUACCCUCAGAUCGGGGACCGGCUAGACCUCCUUUGCCCCCGGGCCCGGCCUCCUGGCCCCCAUUCCUCUCCCAGUUAUGAGUUCUACAAACUGUAUCUAGUAGGGGGUGCCCAGGGUCGGCGCUGCGAGGCACCCCCCGCCCCAAACCUCCUUCUCACCUGUGACCGGCCAGACCUGGACCUCCGCUUCACCAUCAAGUUCCAGGAGUACAGCCCUAACCUCUGGGGCCAUGAGUUCCGGUCCCACCACGAUUACUACAUCAUUGCCACAUCAGAUGGGACCCGGGAAGGCCUGGAGAGCUUGCAGGGAGGCGUGUGUCUAACAAGGGGCAUGAAGGUGCUUCUGCGCGUGGGACAAAGUCCCCGAGGAGGGGCUGUACCCCGGAAACCUGUGUCUGAGGUGCCCAUGGAGAGGGACCGAGGGGCAGCUCACAGCCUGGAACCCGGGAAGGACAGCCUGCCAGGUCUGUUCUCUCCCUCCUCCCUAGCCUCCUCCUCCUUGCAUCUCCUUUUUACCCUCUUGGCUUCUUGUCCUUCCUGUGCCUCUCACGUGUCUCCUGGGUUGGGGCAUCAAAGUGUCUCUCCACUCGGCUCUUGGCCCUUUUCAACUUUUCAUACCAACUGCUCCCCUCGGUCUGCCAAAAGUUGGGGGCUCUUGGGGGGAAAGAUUCUGGCCUCUACCCCCCCCCCCCACUCCGGGCAUGGGCACGGGGCCUCUUUCCCUGCCCUUCUGUGAACUUACUCCAGCCAUUUGGGGUGGUUACCCAGUCACAACCACUGCCGUGAGAAGAGGUGUCCAGUUGUGUCCAGUGGCUGAAAGCAAGAUAUGGACCAGUGGGGGCAUUGUGGACUUGACCUGAUGCCGAAUGGCCUCAGACAGGAAGUGACUGGCUCCAGGCAAGAAGUGGCCAGGCCUGGACAGAAAUGGCCUGGAAGUGGCAGAAGCAGAGCAGCAGGAACUGGAAGUGCCUUCAUCCAGGACAGGAAGUCGCGCUUCUGAAACAGGAAGUGGUCUGGCUGGAAUUCCAAGUGGCUUAGUCUGGGAAGGUGGUGGGGUGGGGGCAGGGCGCGGGAAGUGGAUGGUUCUUUCCCUGUGGAGGAAGGGGCAGGAGGAACUUCCUGGUUCAGGAGGAAGCUGGAACUUACCACUGUGAGAGGACAGUUGUGGACUGAGUUUUCUUAGUAUUCAGUGGCACUUCCCAAGGAUCUCCCUUCCCUUGUGCUCUGUGCGGAUCUUUAGGACAGCUAAGAUGGCUGCCACCUGCUGUGGCAGGCCCAUUUGUCUUGUUCUCCCCUUCCUGUACCCCAGUAUAAUCUCUGUUGAUCAACAGGACUACCCCCAGAACCGACAUGUUGUCCCCUGGUAACCAGACAGCUGUCUCGUUCAUUCUUUCCUCCCUUCAAACCCAACACAGCACCUUCCUGGUGACUGAGAGGUGGCCUACUCACUGGUCUAGCUGGUGGCAGUUUUUAGCACUGGUUGCUGUUUCCAUAGUGACAAGCCUAUACCUCUUCCUGCUCUUUAGUGCACAGUGGGCUAUUGCCUCAGUUUCCUCCCAGCUCAGUUUUAUUAGGCUCAAAGCUGCCCUUAGGCACCAAGUUGGCCACCUCAAUAAGCAGCCAAGAUGGCUGCUCUGUCCACCGGAGGUCAAGGCAUCUCUCUGGCGAUGUAGUUCCCAGCUCCUUCCCGGGAACAGGAAGUUGGUGUUGCCAUGGGGGAGGUGGCGGGGUAUGGCCGUCACCUCAAUAGUUUUACUGUAAAAGGGAAAUUUGAACAACAACAAAAACAGGAAAAAAAAUAAAAAACUUUAAAAGUUG